CCUGACAUCGGCUGACACUUGAUUCACUUUCAUUGACUUUAGUGACGUCGGUUCGUGGGAGGUGAACUUUAGUGCGAAGUUAAUGAUUUGAGAGACGCUUUUCAUAUUACUGCGUGUCAAUAUUCGUCGAGACCAUGGCUGACAACGAGCAGAAGGCGAUGCAGCUGAUAGCCGAAGCCGAGAAGAAGCUAACAUCGAAGGGCUUCUUCGGUUCGCUUUUCGGAAAUUCGUCAAAGGUAGAAGAAGCCGUAGAAUGUUAUCAACGUGCUGCAAACAUGUUCAAGAUGGCAAAGAAAUGGAGUUCAGCAGGCAGUGCAUUCUAUGAGGCUGCAGAGUUGCAUGGCAAAGCUGGCAACCGACAUGACGCAGCCAGUAAUUAUGUGGAUGCUGCUAAUUGUUUCAAGAAGUGCAAUAUCAAUGAGGCAAUCAGUUGUUUGUUAAAGGCAAUUGAGAUUUAUACAGACAUGGGUAGAUUCACGAUGGCAGCUAAACAUCACCAAAGUAUAGCAGAGAUGUAUGAAAGCGAAGCAGUAGACCUUGAAAGAGCAGUUCAUCAUUAUGAGCAAGCUGCCGAUUAUUUCCGUGGAGAGGAGAGUAACUCCUCUGCCAAUAAAUGUCUUUUAAAAGUGGCGCAAUAUGCUGCACUUCUUGAAAAUUACGACAAAGCGAUUCAAAUUUACGAACAGGUUGCUUCCGCGUCUUUAGAAAGUUCUUUAUUGAAAUACAGUGCAAAGGAAUACUUUUUCCGAGCGGCACUGUGUCAUCUGUGCGUCGACGUAUUGAACGCGCAGCACGCGAUCGAGCGUUAUCAGGAGCAAUACCCCGCGUUCCAAGACUCUAGGGAGUACAAAUUGAUAAAGACGUUAAUAGAACACCUCGAGGAACAAAACCUCGAAGGUUUUACAGAAGCUGUAAAGGAAUACGAUUCGAUUUCACGACUGGAUCAGUGGUACACGACAGUAUUAUUACGUAUUAAAAAGCAAGUUAAUGAUAAUCCAGAUCUACGCUGAUCGGUUAUUCCUUUGUGCUAUUUCCUGUCGGUGAUAUUAUUAAUCCUACUCUACAUGUAUUCUUUUUUAAUUCAUACCCUGCUUUCAGUGGAACGUGUAAAGUAGUUUCGUUUUUAUAACCAAAUAUAUUUUUCAUAACCGCCUCUCCUUCUACUAUAUUGACAACUAUUACAUGUUCAUCGAUUUAGUUCGCGUACUCAUGUAUACAAUAUUGUCAUCAGAGAAUAUAUAAAAAAAAUGGAAAAAGACAAAUGUCAACUUUGUCGCUAGUUCAUUCGAGAUGCCGAUAUACGGGGCAUAAAAAACUAAGCAUAGGAGUAAAUUAAUAUCGCAACUCUGUUCGUAUUCUCGUACUUACGAAAUAAAUAAAUAGCUUGCCAAGAAACCGCAGCUUGCGCAGUUUUGAUUUUACCGCAUGCGAGUGCGAUAAAUUAUUCAGAAGAAAAGUAACUAAUCUCAAGGAUUUAGCCGAUUUCUGUAAAAGCGUGGCGCAGUCAUGUAUGCAUAAUAGUUUUAAAAAGCUUGUUGACAUUUGUUACUGGUAACAUAAUCAUUAACGAUAACGGGAAUACAUUUUAUGGAUACUGAAGGAAGAGCUAUAGCCUGUGUUUCUUCUCGAUUAAAUCGAUGUUUGAUCUUAUUUUACACGUACUGUUUAACUGGAAUUGUAGUAAAACGAUAAUAGAUUGUCAGUUGUUAUCUUUACACUGCCAGAGUAUCAGAAUAACGAAUGUGGUACGCAUUUUGGAACUAAUAUAUUUUACGUUCAUCCCUUCUCUUUUAAACCUUCGUUUCUACAGAAUUUUCAAUAAUCUCAAGCCUGAAGUUUUACGUACACGCGUAGUAUUCCUUAAUCACUUGUUUCGUUUCAUUGAAGAAUGGAAAAUAUAUUAAUUCGUAUGUCUUGGAGAUGACAGUGAUUUAAGUACAAAUAUCAUACCUUAAACAGUUUUAUAUUCUUUUCCCAAAUACGUUAACGUUGAUAUUAUGUUUAUAAUCUAUCGUUAUAUUGUUGAAAAUUAAUUUAAUGGAUGUAUAUUUAUAUUUAGAGGUAGAUUCGAGGUAGCAGGUGAUCAUACGAGAAGCGUUGAAAAGAUAAUUUAUCUCGCGUUAAUUUAAUUGUUAAUCGACGAAUUUAUGUGCGUCGUGACUUCACCACAGCAUUUUAUAUUUAAGAGAAGUUAAAUUGUUUGAAUACAUUUACUCCGGCAUACAAUAUAUAAUUAUAUAUAAAAUAUUAAUAUUAUAUUUCAUUGUUAAGUAGGGAUAGGUGAUAACGAUUUUUGCAUGCAUGUAAUUACUUAUUACACAUUAGCAAUUAUUUUCUCCCGAAAAAAACAUCACGUUAUAAACAAGGAUGUUCGUCGAAUAAAAAGCAACUCGCAACUCCAUGAAAAGUAAUGUCGAAACUUUGUAAUUUUCUGUUUACUCUCUGUACUUACGUCUCAUCAUCGAUAUACACUUGUUUAUUUGCGAAAAUGAUUGUCACAAUGAAAUACUGAAAUAUGUCCGUACAGUGAUGCGAGUAACGAUAUCUACAAGCGAUUCUCUUUUAUUUAAUUUAUAUUUUACUGACGGAGAAAAGUUGCUGCGUGCGUGCGAAUACGGAUACUCUGGAUAAUACUUUAGACAUGCCUUUGAUAGGGAACGCGGCAAAUUUCGACGCGUAUGUAAAAAUUACUUUAUAUUUAUCAUAUCUAUGUACAUACAUUUACGUACGGUAUUGUACAUUUAGUUUCUGUAUUGAUGGAUUGAAAUAGAUAGCUACGCUACGAUAAUAAUUGCGAAUUGUUUUUGUAUUUUGAUUUAUGCGUACGUAGUUGGUGCAACAGAUACGGCGAGUUGCCAGUGAUCGAUACUUAACAAGAAAAAUGUCUCAACGAGAAAUUUAAGAUAACACUACGGUCAAGAAUGUGAUGUAACAAUCUCGCUCAUUACUUGCACCAACUGUGCAGACUGUCGUAACUCGUACACGGUUUAUCAAGAUUUAAGUAAUAAAAAUAACGAUAGCACUCUGAAAGAUAAUUCAAUGACAAGAUUAACAUAUGCUUGAAUAGUUAUGAUCCUGUAACAAAUAAUUAUAACUGCAAUAUCGUAUGUUCUGCUAUGAAUAAUUAGAAACGAUAUCCAUUUUAUAAAGUGUCCUACACUAAAUAAAAUACUAAAUUGUACGCAACAAA